AUGCUGUCGUUCUUGAGCUUUCUGCUGGUGGCGAGCAGCACGCUUCCGGUGACCAUCCAGCGGUUCUGGGACGAGGAGAGUCGCAUGCUCGUCUGGGCGUCCGUGUCUCGGGACAUGCCGUGGGCCGUCGUCAUCAUGAACAGCACCGUGCAGCUAGCCACGCAUGUUGUCGAGAACAACAACCUUGUGGAAAGCGGCCUCGACUCGCUGGGCGUGGACUUCUGGACGCAUAACUCUCCCCUGGCAAACCAGCUGCUGCUGGGCGCCAUCGGCAGUGUGCUCGCCGAGGUCAUGGACAACAAAGUGCUCAACUUCGACCUGAUGCCAUUCGUCGUGAAAGUCGCCGAGAUGACCGCUGUCCAGCCGUGGGUGUACGCGGUGCCAGCUGCUCUGGGCGCCUGCACCAACAUGAUCCUGCCCAUUCACCUGCCCAUGAUCGUCAUUCACGAAGUGGUCGACGUGUCCAUGCUGCAACUGGUGCUGAUUGCGGUGGUCGCAAAAACAAUCAUCGUCUUGACGUCGGUGUUCGCCACCAACACGUAUGGCGGAUACCUCCUCGACUGGGCAGCGCUGCGGUUGAACACUACAGAGCCAUUCGAGUGAACUGCCUCCGUGAAACAUCGUUUGAUUGUGAGAGGGCACCACGUUCCUGGAAGGAGGGACUGAUUUUUCGUGACCCUUUAGCGUGCACAUGUAAUUUGGCGAAUUUGAUUGUGAGUGGCAGCUAUGCUGUUAUUUUUUUAUGUGCAGAUAUGUAAAAUGUUUCCUUGAUAUAUUGAUGCAAUAAUAUUUUUACGUUAAUAAAAUGUGAAAGGUGCUUGCUC